GUUAUGGAUUGCAGAUCCGUCAUGGCCCUAGCCAAAGCUAAGGCAAAGGAGGAAAUGGCUGCCAAAGAGACCGCAAAGAUGGCCGCUGCGAGUGGCGCCCAGCCGAGCUUUGACGCAGCGAAGAAGCCACCCACGCAGCCGAAGAAGAAACGGCCCGUGGAUGACGGCCAGAGGAAGCUAACCGAGGCCGGUAUGCAGUCCAAGAAGUCGAAGAGGGCUUCCCCUCUGGCCGAUGCUGGCGCCGGCGGUCUGACCACACCGGACGAUGAUGCCGGGGGCUCAAAUGCCACUACCGUUGUUGAUGCGGUUUCGGUCCCCUCGUCGUCGCCUGUCGGCCAGGAGCCCCGGAAACAGAGGACCGACAAGGAUCUGGCCGUUGGGACCUACAAACUCGAGGUUGAGUACCCUGUGAAGGGUGGCGUCUUCAAUGAUGCCGUUGAUGGCCAUGAUGUUCUGGCCCAAGCUGUCUCGGUUGAGGAUCGGGCUUACUUGAAGAAACUAGGCCCCGUCAGGAUCUAUGACGGCGGGAUGGACCUCAUCGUCCAAGGUGCCCUUAUGCUGAUGGAGAGCCAUAAGCGGCAAGAGCAAGAGAUUGCCC